ACACUGCGUCAACUUUCUUGGUCUGGAGUACCCGGCGAGCUUCGGCCAGUAGUAUGGAAAUUACUUUGUGACUAUUUGCCUGCCAGUCAGGAGCGACGUACCGCUGUCCUGGCUGAGAAACGAAGACAAUACAACUCGUUCGUACAACAAUAUUUUCACCUGCGCGAGCAAACCUCCUGCAAAGACAUGUUCCAUCAAAUUCAGAAAGAUCUCACUCGUAUGACGCUUUUGUAUCGUCGACCAGAUAUGCUUGCGAUGUUUGAGCGUAUUCUGUUCAUCUGGUCAAUGCGUCACCCUGGCAGUGGUUACGUUCAAGGCAUUAACGAUCUGCUAACGCCUUUCUUCGUGGUCUUUCUCUCGGAAUACAUACGCGUUGAUCUUAAUACAUCCGGAGAGCUGAGUUUACAAUACGAUCUACCGGCCGAGCACUCGGACUCGGUCGAGGCCGAUGUGUUCUGGUGCACAUCGCAUCUAUUGGAUACAAUUCAGGACAACUACACAUUUGCCCAACCCGGUAUCCAGAACAGUGUGUCAAUGCUGGCCAGCCUGAUCGAGCGGGUGGAUGCGAACUUACACCGUCACUUGACCACACAUCAUGUGGAGUAUUUACAAUUCGCGUUUCGAUGGAUGAACAAUUUAUUGAUCCGAGAGCUACCGUUGCGUUGUAUCAUACGUCUCUGGGACACAUACAUGGUAAGCUUUUUACUCAAUCUUAUUCUGCCUAUGUGGCUUUUUGUUCGAUGGUGUUUCAGUUUCAGUUUUUACAACCAUUAA